UUCCCGAACAACUCUACCAUACCUCAUGUUCAGAACUUCACCUUGCAUCGCCGCCAGCCUAAAUUGCUACCAGUCUCAUCAUGGCUGAAGCGCUCGCUAUGAUCGGACUGGCGUCCGCCCUGAUUCAAUUUGUUGAGUUCGGUGGCAAGGUGCUACGGCAGCUUCGCCGGCUCGAGAGCGACAUGACUGGUGUUCCGACUGUCUUUAAGAACGUCCGGUCGCGAUUACCGCUGAUGGUUGACCUCGUCCAAAAGCUUAUCAUCCGUAUGGAUGCCGGACUUAUCGAUAAAAAAUCCCAGGAGACAAUGCUUCCUGUUGUACGAAGCUGCAUGGCUCAGGCUGAGCAGUUGGACAGUUUAAUAGUCAAGACUCUGCCCCAACAUCACGAGUCUCACUGGUCUCGUGGAAGAAAGGCAGUCGUUGGAGUGCUCGUUGAGUCCGAUGUCGAGCGGAUUGAAGCCGCGUUGAAAGCAAACUUUGACCUGCUUUCCCAGGCCGGGACCUUUCAUCUGGCAGAUGGUGACAUGGCUGACACGAAGAAAGGCUUGGGCGGCAGCUCGGGGAUGUUCAACUUCUUAGGUUCGAAUGUACAUGUCACCCUCCAGAGUCCCGAUCUUACGACUAGCCCUCCUGGUUACGACGUUUCGGAAACUGAGCAUUUUCGAUCACCGUUCCAGCCGCCCCCACUUCCGGAAGAGCCGAAAGAUGCUCCGGGAGCGGCGAAGCCACCGGUGUUUAUGGUUCCCUUUCAUCGUGACUCCAAUUUUCUGGGAAGAAGAUCUACGCUAGAUGUUAUCGACCAAAGAUUCGAGUCGCAGUCAUACGUUGCCCUAGCGGGCCUUGGCGGUAUAGGGAAAUCCCAAAUAGCUAUCGAGUACGCCUACCUCUACCGCGAACGAUACCCUGAAGCCCAUAUCUUCUGGGUCUAUGCCAGCGAUCCUAUACGGUUCGAGGAAUCAUAUCAUCAUAUUGCGAGAAAGAUGGCUUUUCCGGGGUGGGACGAUCACCAAAUGGAUACUUUGCAAUUCGUUCACGACGGACUCAGCAGCAUUGACUCUGGGAAGUGGCUACUUAUCCUGGACAAUGCGGACGAUGAGUCUAUGUUUCAUAGUAGAAGAGCCAGCGAGCGCUCCAAUUCUCGUACGAACGACUCGGAUAGUAGCGCCAAGUCAUAUGCGCGCUACAUACCCAACAAGCACGAAGGUUCCGUUCUGAUAACUACACGCGAUAGACGAGUCGGCGAGCGGCUGUCAGGCAGGCAUAGGCCCAUUGACAUCUCUGUCAUGACACCGGGAGAGUCGAUGGAGCUGCUGCGAUCGAAAAUGAUUGAAGAGGACUGGUGUGAGAAGGACGCACAUAGACUGGUCAUGGAGCUCUCUCACCUUCCUCUAGCCAUCACCCAGGCCGCUGCAUUCAUCAGUGAGAACUGUCUGAGCAUCGACGAGUAUCUGACAACCUUACGUGCGGGAGACGACGAUGCCAAGGAACUCUUGAGUGAGCACCUCGAGGAUUCGCGGAGAGAUAUCGACACCGAAAACUCAGUCGUACGCACAUGGAAACUGUCUUUUGACCAAAUUUUGCGAAAUGUUCCCCGCGCAGCCGAAGUUUUGUCGUUGGUCGCCGUGCUCGACUACCACUCUGUUCCGGUUUCAUUAUUGCGCAAAGACAAGGAAACCGAGACAGGUUUUCGCAUAGCACUUGGGGCUUUACAGGCUUUCUCACUGCUGACGGCCUCGCGUGGCAGAGAUGCGGUGUGCAAGACGCACCGGCUAGUGUCCUUAGCAAUGCAGCGUUGGCUCGAAGCGCGAGGAACGUUAUCUUAUUGGCAUUGUGAGGGCCUUCGCGCUCUGGCCAAGGCAUUUCCUGGUCCUGGUUGCCAGAAGUAUAAGGAAUGGCCGUUGUACGAAGCGCUUGUACCACAUACAGCACAAGUGUUAGCAUGCCAAUUCGAGGCCAUCGAUGACUUGCUCUUCAUCCCGAUACCAUCAUAA